AUGCCGGACACGGACAGGUUCUAUUGCUGGCUGCUCCAAUUCUUCGUCCUCUCCGGCCUCGUCGUCUUCUUCAUAUGGCUGAGCCUCCGCAUCUCCGACCCCUCCUACACCAUCGUCGAGGUCACCAUCCUGCAACCAAACAACGGCACCGCCGACUCCACCGUCUUCUUCGGCAUCGAAAUCGCCAACAGGAACAGAGGCGGCGGGGUUUACUACAGCGACAUGAACGUGUCGCUGUACGUGAUGGAUGCGAGCGUGGGGUCAACGACGAUACAGCCUUUCUACCAGGGCCACGGGAAGACUGCCCAGGUGAGGGGAGGGGCGAGCUGCGGCCGGUGA